GAGGGACAGAGAGAGGGACAGAGAGAGGGACAGAGAGAGAGAAGGAGAGAGGGACAGAGAGAGAGAGAGACAAGGAGAGAGACAUAGAGAGACAGUGAGCGAGAGAGAGACAGAGAGAGCGGGGGGCUCAGCUCCGUCGGGACCAUGCUGCUCCCGUCUCUAAGAAAUCGAGCUAAAAAAACCAAGGGAACAAAGCUGAGGAAGAAGAGAGUUCAUCUGCAGAAGUCGACGGACUUCGGCCGUCACAGCCUUCUGUACCUGAAGGAGAUCGGCCAUGGCUGGUUCGGAAAGGUGUUCCUGGGGGAGGUGAGUGUGGGCCUGGACACCAACCAGGUGGUGGUGAAGGAGCUCAAGGCCAGCGCCAGCGUCCAGGAGCAGAUGCACUUCCUGGAGGAAGCCCAGCCGUACAGGGCCCUGCAGCACCCCGGCCUGCUGCAGUGUCUGGCCCAGCGCACCGAGGUCACUCCCUACCUGUUGGUGAUGGAGUUCUGUCCUCUGGGGGAUGUGAAGGGGUACCUGCGGAGCUGCCGGGCCACUGAAUCCAUCAUCCCUGAGCCUCUGAUCCUGCAGAGGAUGGCCUGCAACAUCGCCUCGGGCCUGCUGCACAUGCACAAGAACAACUUCACUCACAGUGACCUGGCUCUUAGGAACUGCCUGCUGACCGCUGAUGUCUCAGUGAAAAUAGGAGAUUACGGCCUCGCACACACCAAAUACAGAGAUGACUACCACGUGACGUCGGACCAGGUGCAUGUUCCACUGCGAUGGAUCGCCCCCGAGCUGGUGGACGAGGUCCAGGGAGACCUGCAGAUGGCCAAUCAGACCCCGCCCAGCAACAUCUGGUCUCUGGGGGUGACCAUCUGGGAGCUGUUUGAGCUGGCGAACCAGCCCUACCGACACUACUCGGACCGACAGGUGCUCAGCUACACUAUCAAGGAGCAGCAGCUGAAGCUGGCCAAGCCCCUGCUCAAGGUGCCACUGGCCGAGCGCUGGUAUGAAGUCAUGCAGUUCUGCUGGCUCCAGCCCGAACAGAGACCCACGGCGGAGGAGGUCCACCUCCUGCUCAGCUACCUCUGCGCCAAAGGAGCCAGCGAGGUGGAGGAGGACUUUGAGCGGCGCUGGAACUCCCUACGUCCCACCACCGGAGGACACCACGGCCACAACCACGGCUCCUCCCUCCCGUCCGACCGUCGCCCUCCGUCCUCCCCCUCAGCCUCGUCGUUCCCCCUGCUGGAGCAGUUCUCGGGGAUGGGCGAGGGCUACCAGUCGGAGAGCGGCGACGACAUACUGACGGUGACGGAGACGAGCCACGGCCUCAACUUUGAGUACAAGUGGGAGCAGGCGAGGGCGGAGCAGCACUACCAACCCGCCGCCCAUUCCGACGGCCUGGGUCACCACCGCUGCCACGACGAGUUCUACCCGCCGGGGGGCAUAGUGGGCGGGUGUCCCAUGGAGGGGAUAGGGGCCUCGCCUUCUUACUACCAAACCAAGCACCUCCCUGUCCCAGGGGUGGUGCCUGUCCUCAGUGCCCACAGCCCCUCCUUAGGCAACGAGUACUACAUCCGCAUCGAAGAGCCGGGGGAGUGUAACAUCCAGCUGGACUACGACGUGUGCUCCUACAGCCCCGACUACCAAGGCAGCAGCGGAAGCUUCCUCACCGGAAGCGCUGAAUCCGGGGAAUGCAUGUCCUGUCCCUCGCAGGCAAACAACAUGGGCUCCUAUUGGUCAGCGGACAUCCACAAGGCCGACCUGUACGACUCGCAGGACUCGAGCCCGGCCAUCUCGCUCACCAUGGAGCCCUUACUGGGCCAAGUGUCGGACAGCAGCCCGCUGACGCCGUGGGUCUCCGGCCACUACGUCUCGUACAAGGAACAAGACGGAGGUUACUACUACGAACCGUCACCCCCUCUGGGCAUGGAUCACCGUUAUCUGAUCGGGGACGAUGACCUCCCGGUGGAACCCCUGCAGGAGAGCUGGGGCUCCAGGAGUCUCCGGCAGGCCCUGGGGGAACUGGAGCACCCCCUUAGAGUACCCCCCGUUUUCAACACCUCACCCCAGCAGGUCUACGGAGAGCCCUACCUGGACCCCAGCCAGAGCUCCGUCAUCGGCAGGAACGUCACAGGGGGAUACUACGACAUGAUGGGCUCCUUGCGGAAGACCAUGCCAAGCCACACCAACCACACGAGACACGGCACCCACUCCCUCAGCAUCGACAUGGAGACGGGCGGGGCGCUGUUCAUCGGACACAGGGACAGCGACACAGAGGACGAGGUGGACGAGGAGGACGUGUUCCUGGAGAGGCACAGCUGUAACACCUGGCCCGCAAAACACGGCCACGGUGUCCCGAGCAGACACAGGCGGGCUAACGGCUGCAGGCAGGACUCUUACGUGGACUUCCACUACACAAUGCCCAGUACAGACAUCGAAGACUCCUGGCCAGAGGAAAACAGUCUGGCCUUCCAUUCGCUGCCCAAACCCAUUGAGUACCUGGAGCCCAAAGACAACAGUGCCUGCCUCGGUCUGAGCGCGCUCCAAACGUUAGCACCCUCCGACGAUGCCUACAUCUACAUGUGCAAAGAAGGGGAGACCCAGUUGCCUAUGCCUGGCGAGUGCUGUCACUCCCACUUCAUUGACCCACUUACCGGCUUGCUGGUAAGAAACUAUGACCCUGAUGAUUAUGUCACAGACAAGGUCAUCGAGACUCCUAACAGUGAGGAGCUGGUCAAUCUAUCGCCUGCUCCCGGGGGACCUGUGGUCAUCAAGAACGCCCCCCUAAACUCUGACAAAAUCACGCAGACAAUGAGCAUCCAAGAGCCAUACAUUGACCUCUCUGCAAGCGACACCACAGAAAAGACGGACAUCUCGGCAAACCACAUUGAGUACGUAGCAGAGGUUUGCAUACCGCUAACGGCUCACGCCGGCUUAGAAAAGCCAGAGACGGAAUCAGAGCUCAGUCUGACGGCGGACAGCGGGGUGGACCGAUGCGGCUCCAGCGUCAGCCUCAUCGACAUCCUGGACUGCAGUGACGACGACGACGGCAACGACACCACGGACGACACCACGGACGUCACCUCCGGCAUCUUUGCGGACGAAUCGAGCGAGCUUACGGCAUCGCCUGUCAUCAAGUCCCUGCAGAAGCCGAGUGGAACCCCCGAUUCCAUGGACUCCAUGGAGCUCCUGUCUGUGGGCGGGUGCUUUGAGGGCUUUGCCCUUCCGCCUGCCAAACCCGCCAACUCCCCCAGGGCUAUGGACAGCGGCUACGACACGGAGAACAACGAGAGUCCAGAGUUUGUCCCCAAAGAGCCCCAUGAGCCCCGUGAACCGUCUGAGGGGAAGAAGACCACCCUCUACCCCAGUCUCGACGAGGAGGAGGAAAUGGAGGAAGAGGGGCUCAGAGCUGAUGCGGUUCCGGUAGAAACAAGCGAACAGUCGGUCUCUGAAGAUGCAUGUGUAGAAUCCUCAACGACUGGGGAUAACACACUCAUUCCACUGAGUAAAAAGAUUCCUUACAGAGACUCUGCCUACUUCUCAGACUAUGAGAGCGAGAGACAGUCCAGGGAUGAAGGGGAUGAAGCUGUUGAGAUAGGAAGAGAGGGGGAAACGAUUUCAGACACUGAGUGCAUGGUAGAGAGAAAUCUCGAUAACACGAGGGAGGAGGAAUUAGAGGACCUCGAUGCCCUUGAGAUGAACAUAGAAUCCAACAGAGCAACCACUCUCUUGUGCAUCGAGGAGGAUGAGCAUAUGGAGGGAUCUUUUCAGUCCUCUGAGUCAGAGUUGGCCGAAUUGGAAGAGUGGCCAUCCCAGGACGAGAACUCCUCCCUGGGGGACUGGGCGGCAGAAGUAGUGGGAGCCAUGGAGGAAGCUCUUGGCGCUCUCGGUGAGGAGAGGAUCAGGGCAGAGCAGGAGAAAGAAUUGAGCAGCAGAGACUUCCUUCAAGAUUCAGAGGAGGCGGAAGAGGCUGAGCAGACACAGAGCGAACUCGCCGGAGGAUUGAGUGAAAACUCCUCCACCUUAGCCAAAGACAAGAUGGUGGCAUUGGAGUACGGUACCCCCCGCCGGUUCUCCUCUUCCUCCCCCCCGCCUCCCUCUAGUCCCCUCCCUUCGCUGCCCCCGUCUCCGGGCCGGGCUACCCCCGGCGACGCAGAGGAUGCUGACAAGGAGGACGCCGACUCUGACGACAGCGAGGAGUCGGACGAGGAGCUGCGCUCGUACAGCAUGCAGGAGCAGAGCGGCGGCGAGGAGAGCGAGGACGAGUGCUACCCCGUGCCCGUCGUCGUGAGCGACACCAGCGACGCCCACAACCUGAGAAGCCUCCUCAAGGUUCCCAGCGUUACCACCCCGGACGGCAUGGACGACGCUCUGGAGAACAAGAAGAAGGUGGUGUCCUUCUUUGAUGAUGUCACCGUCUAUCUGUUUGAUCAGGAGAGUCCCACCAAGGAGUUGGUUGAGCAUGGCUUUCUCUCAGGAGAGGACGGUCGAGGUACACCGAUGAGACCCCAGGAGAAGGUGCAGGCCCCGUCAGACGACUCCUCAGACGGGAACGUCUCUGAAGAGAGUGCCGGCUACGAGUGGGAGGACGACUUCUCCCUGCUGCCUCUGCCCACAUCCAAGAUGGUGUCCGACUCCCCUCCCCCGCCACGCUCCACCCCCCCGCCACCGGGGCCCCAGCCCGCCGCCAAGUUCUCCCGCUUCACCGUCUCGCCAUCUAGUGUUUCCCGCUUCUCAAUCACGCACGUGUCAGACUCGGACGUGGACUCGGCGUGAGUCAAUACGUUCUCCCGCAGGAAGUACGUCAGCGCUGGCGACCAAACAUCGCUUGUAGGUCACUUUGGAGGAGGGCGUCGAAGCACUCAACGGAUGGAUGUGGAACGUGCAGGGGAAGAACCGACAGCAGCCCGGUGAAGACCAGACCAGUGGGCCUACUGGGAGGUCUUCUUCUGGCCUGGGUUUUACCCUCAGAGACGGAACCUCCUCUCCUUCAUAGACACGCUCCUCCCGACCGGGAUACGGAGUCAAGAUCAUCCUUUUUAAAUUUAUUUAAAAGAGGGUAUGGUAAUAUGUAUGUGGUUUCCAAAAAAUAGAUUUAAAAAUAAAAAAUACAUAAAUUAUAAAUAUAUAAAUAUAUGUAUGUGUGUAAAGAAGAAUCAAUUAUUGGGCUGGGGAUGCAGCACAAUUCUGUUUAUUUUUGGAAGAUAAAGGCAUAAUGGAAGGAGAGGUCUUUGAAAGCCAUUGCGUGUGUUGUUUAGUUUUAAUUGCCAACAGUUAGUAUUAUUAUUAUUAUGAAUGUGUGGAGCCAGCCGGGGAUUUCAGGUAAGGCGAGUUAUACUCCAAAUACCAAGACAAACAUUGACUGGGAUUUUCUACGAUCACUGAUCAGCUCCGGAAGAGGACUGUUGGACCAUCUGAGGACGACUUUUGUUUUUGUGAGAACCUUUCUGUUAUCUUGUCAACGUGGAUAUUUCCUGAAAAUCCUUGAGGUAUCAGAAGUAAUACAACGUGUGUACUUGGGGGAAAUUUCAGGAAACAGGAAUCAAAAUGGACGCCCAAGUGUUUUACAAGCAAAGUCCAAACUUCUAGGAAAGGUAUACAGGGGUACAGCAUGACUCUGUAUUAAAAACACAAAUAAAAAAAUAGCUCAUCCUGCUUGGACGAUGGAUGUUUUAAUCUAAGUUUCUUUUAUUAUAAAAGUAAUAUCAGGACCUGAUACUGUAGCCUACUGUUUAAAUGUGUCUCCAAUGCUUACCACAUGACGGAGAUGAAGAGUUGUCAGUCUCUCUCUCUCUCUCUCUCUCUCUCUCUCUCUCUCUCUCUCUCUCUCUCUAUCACACACACACACAUACAAACACACUCUGUACUAUGAACUAUGGAGCAGUAAAGAGACUUGUGUCUUAUAAGGGAUUUGAAAUGCCUCUCUAGUUCAUCGCUUCAGUUUCCAACAAUGUCCCGUAUCCAAACCCUAUUGUCAAUCAGGGGUCAUGACUCAUUAUCUCGUAAUCGACGGGUCACCUGGCAACAUGGGGUUUUCCUGGGAGCAACCAUCCAUUUGAAUACGUGUGUCCUGUGCGAUAAACAAUACGUUUGAUGGCAAUGUUUGAUUACGUCAACAAAAUAAGUCAGGAAGCGGCACUAAGCUUUGAGUGUCUAGACCACCUCACCGCAUCAUUUGUUAGGAUCUGUUUUGGCCUGGCCUUUCCUCACCACUAUGACCUGCUGUAUAUAAGCUACACUGACCUCCUCUCAGACCUUUUGUAUUAACAAGCCGAGAGUACAGUUGAAACUUUUCUUUUCUUUUCUCGCUCCAUAAUAUCUCUGUCUCGUACUUUAAAAAGCAUAAGUGCUUUCAUCAUACAAAAGUGAUUACAGGAGGACAGCAAGCAAACAGAAAGCACCUUUUAAUAGAGCAUUGAUUCACAGAAUAUCAUUGACUGGGCUUUGUUUGACAAGUCUGUUUCUUUGUCGAUAUUGAACGGUAAAAACCCAGACAGCCCUGGGUGUUCUCGUUCGGUUCUCUUCUCUGUUCUCUACUAUGGGGUCAUUAGAACCAUAUUUGUACUUGUGUUCUGUCUCUUUGUUAAUGGAAGGAAGGGACUUUUGCUGUUUCCAAGCGAUCACGGAAUCACGGAAGAAGAGAAAUACGACUCGGGACGUCUGGAAACGGUUUGCGGUCGUCGGAACAUGCUUGUACCGUUUUUACAUGUUUUUUCUCGGAAUGCUUCAAACUUCUGUAUUCGUUUAGCGUAGAACCAUCUGGAACACUGUGGGUGAACCUUACAUCCCAUGACCACAUCAAAAUAUGUUUCUUUCUUUCUAAAAAUGUUGAUGUAUUGUAACUGUGGACGAGUAAAAAAAAAAAAAAAAAAGGCAUUAUAAAAGGCGAUUUCUUGUCUGUCUGUGGUUGCCAAAGAGAUGUGUUUUAUUGUCCCCGGGGCCCCAGAAACUGGUGCAUUGGUAUGAUGUCGAAUCCAUAGAGGAGGGGGGACAGGGGACUCUGGGGAGGGGAUGUCUUGGCCUUGUAACUGCUGAUGAAAUGCCCUCAGGACCAGAGUUUGAGACCCCAUGGGUGAAACGUGUUCCUCACAAACACUGGACACUCACUCACACUCUGUACCUUUGAUCAAAAGCGGAAUAAAGUUUGGUUUAUACAUCGUAAACUUUAUAUGUUCUGGUCUAUGUGGGUUUGGGGAGGAACAGUGGAAAAAAUGUAACCUACUAGCUAACCCUGUGGCUUUGGCGCUUGUACAUCAGAAUGCAUCAUGGGAUUUCUUGUUGGAGAUACGUCGCCAUUUUGAGAAGACUCAAUAGUUGGCAUACUAAAAUCUUGAAUCAACGCAAAUACGGUCUCACCUAUGGUGAGACAAACAAUGUGACAGCAAUGUCUUCAGGACUCAUGAACGGCUCAUUUCAUGAUGAAUUGCUAAGUAAUUAACAAAAACACCUUACUAAUAACAUGAUCAUUAACAUUCCUCUCUUACUAAGUAACGUUUUCUUACUAACAAAACUGCCAUCGAAUGACUCACUUUGAU